AUGCCGAGCCACGCCAAUGGCCGCAUCUCCCCUCCGGCGGCGUCGUCCUUGUCCACGCCGGUAACGAAGUCUACCGAUAGCAACCCGCCGGCCCAUGAGACCUCGCCGCUGCUCCCCAAGAAGCCGUGCCCGUCAAAGCCCUCCUCGAGACGCCGCAAAUGGCCCAAGUCCGUUAUCUAUCGUCUGCUCCUCACCGCCUUCCUCGUCUCCGUCUCCUUCGGCGUCACCCAGGUGCCCUUGAUCUAUGUUUUCGGGCUGAUGACCUGCGAUGAGUACUACCGCCACCAUGCCUCGCCUCCGGUGGGAACCCCAGCCUUCGACACGCGAUGUCGACUGCACACCAUCGAAGCCAGCACCGCUCGCGCCGUCGCCCUUCUCGGCGCCAGCACCACCUUUUUCGGAGUGGCGAACCUCUUCAUCACCGGCUGGAUGAUCAAAGUCUGGGGUGUCAAGAAAGCCCUGCUCAUGGGCACCUUCUGGCCUGCCAUUCGCCUCCUCAUCCAGAACGUCGGCAUCAUGACCACAGGAGCGCGGGGCAUCAUGAUUGUCCAGCUUUCCCAAUUCAUCACCAUCAUCGGCGGCCCGGCGGGAUACCUUCUUGCCCUCAACAGCUACGCCGCCGAGGUCGUGCUGCCCUCCGAGCGCACGGGGACCUUGGGCCGCUUGCAAGGCUGCGCAAUGUUCGGCACCGCCCUGGGCUUUCUCUCGGGCGGCUUGCUGAGCGACUGGUUCAAUAUCAAUGUCCCCUUCCGACUGACCGUCGUCCUCUUCUGCCUCUCCGCACUCUACAUCACCAUCUUCCUGCCCGACAUUCCUCCGAACAACGCCUUCGAGGGCAAGGCAAAAACCGUUGGAGCCUUCUUCGAGCCACUCCGAAUGUUUACGCCCCAGAAGUGGAUGCUGCGCAAUGGCGUUGUGCGCAGGGAGUACGGCGUGCUUCUGCUCGGCAUCGGCGCUUUCCUCGCCGUCUUCGCCACCGGCUACAUCUUCACCUUGCUGCAGAUGUACGCCACCGAUGCAUUUGAUUUCGGCGCGAGCGCCAACAGCGAACUGGUCAGUCUGAACUUUGUCGUACGAGCGACGUUCUUGACUUUUGCCUUUCCCGCCAUCAUUUCAUGGGGAAGAGGAUUAUUCGACAGGCGGGAAGAAAGCUACGACAUCAUCCCCACCGCCCCGCAACAACUCACCUCCGCCGCCCUCCCCCCAGGCCAAGCAAACGUCGACGAACCCGACGAGCCCAUCCGCCGCACAACCACCAACCAAAGCACCCGCUCCACCACCCUCAACGACGGCCCCGACACGGACCGCGAAAACUACGCCUUCGACCUCUUCUACGCCCGCUGGAGCCUCAUCCUCGACGGCGUCCUCACCGCCCUCGCCACCUUCACCACCAAGGGCUGGCAAAUGUACGUCGUCGCCGUCAUCCUGCCUUUUGCGGCGGGCACGGGCUCCGCGGCCAAGGGCACGAUGCUGCAGAUGUGCGCGCCGGAGCAGAAGAAUGAUGCGCUGAGCGCCAUUUCCCUUGUCGAGUCUGCUGCGCGCCUCAGCACUGUUAGCAUUUUUGGCCUGAUUUUUAGCGUGUUUGCGAAUGCGGGAAUGCCGAAUUUGACGUUUGCUUGUAAUGGGGCGUGUGCGGCGGUGGGCUUUGUGGUGUUGUUGUUUGCGCGCUUUCCGCCGGAGGGCGCGGUAAGGUAUGAUGGGCAUGAGGAGGAGCAGGAGGAUGAGGGAACAUGA